AUGACCUCUCGCAUUGAAAAGGUCAUCGCCCGCCAGCGAGAGAAGAUCGCGGACGGCGCCUACUACGAAGCACACCAACAGCUGCGGACCAUCGCAGUGCGUUAUAUCAAACAGUCGAACUACGAUGCGGCCGCCGAUCUUCUAGCUGGGGGUGCGACGGCUCUGCUAAGAGCCGGUGCCCAGCAGGGUGCCUCGGCCAGUGGUGGUGAUCUGGCAAUCAUGUUGGUGGUGGAGGUUUACAAUAAGGCCGAGUGGGAAAUUUCAGGAGAGGACAAUGAUACCGAGGGCCGGGCUAGAAAGAAGCGCUUGAUCGAACUUCUGCGCGAGUUCCCCUCGGACGAACCUACACGAAAGCGCUUUAUUCAAGAGAUGAUGGGGUGGAGUAGCCGAUUCGGUCCGCUGGAGAGAGGUGAUCCAGACCUGCACCAUGCUGUAGGCUCGGUCUACGCGGAAGAGAACGAGCCGUAUGACGCCGAGAAGCAUCUUAUUCUAGGAACAUCGGAAUCGGCAGAGACACUGGCCAAGCUGGAAUACGAGUGGUACACCCAUGACGAGCCGCACACCGCAGCCAUCUACGCAUCGCGCGCAGUCUUCCCAUACCUCCUAACCGGCAACCUCCGCAGUGCCAACAAAGCCCUGCUCAUCUUCACCACCCGACUCUCAACAUCGAACCCUUCGCUCACCGUGCAGGACGUCAGCAGCUCAAGCUCCGAUGCCCGCGUGUACCCCGCACUACCCUUGUUCAACUUCAUCAGCUUGUUGCUGCUGACCGUCCAGCGCGGAAGCGCGGAUCUGUUCAAACAGUUGACUGCGCACUACGCGGCGCAGAUCCGGGACAUUGGCAUUUGGGAUGAGUUCCUGGCCCAGAUUGGCGAGCAGUAUUUCGGUAUCAAGAUACCUCGCCAGGGUAACCCUCUCAUGGAUAUGAUGAGCAAUAUGCUUUUCGGCGGUCAAGGUGGCCAGGAUAAUGCUGGUGGGAGACGGGCUCAAAAGCCCGCGAAGAAGGUCGAGGCUGCACCUCCUUCCAGUAUGGAGCUCGAUUAG